UGUGAUUUCAUUUUCAGCUCUUCAUUAGAAUAAUUGUGUUGGUAGAAAACGUGAUGAAUAAUGAUUAUGUUUAGCAGUUUUACUUCGGUUCCAGUAGAUAUAGAUGAGUUGAUAUCUCCAUUGAUGCUUCAGUUAUAUGCUAUUCAAUUGGAGACUAGUUUGCUGAGUGAUAUACUGUAUACAUAUGAUAUCAUGUGAUUGUUUUAUGAAUUUUUCUGUGGUUUUCGCAGCCAUGGCUGGAACGGCAUCUGAAGGUUCUCAUAUUGAUGGUUGUAAUGAGCUACUCGGAGCUGAUGGCGGUGAAGAACUCUUCGCUAGUUAUGAUGAGGUUUACGGCAGUUUCGAGGCUAUGGUGCUGCAGGAAAAACUGCUCAGCGGAAUCCACGCCUAUGGUUUUGAGAAGCCCCCUGCAAUUCAGCAGAGAGGGGUUGUUCCUUUCUGCAAGGGGCUUGAUGUGAUUCAGCAAGCUCAAUCCGGGACUGGGAAAACGGUAACUUUCUGCUCUGGAAUUCUGCAGCAGCUGGACUACGAUGUGGUUAAGUGCCAGCCGUUGGUUCUGGCUCCCACUCGCGAGCUGGCUUGGCAGAUUGAGAAGGUCAUGAGAGAAGGCAGUCACUGUGCCCUGAUCACAUCAAAAUGUUUGUUUUGGACGUAGCAGAUGAAAUGCUUUCCUUGGGGUUCAAGGAUCAGGCCUGCUUUGUAUUCGACGAUUCUACCAAGCAGAUACAUUAGCAUAAAAUAUAAAUGCACUCCAUUUUUUUAUACUGUACUUGAUUCCAUAGUUGAUUCUCUCGUUAGGCAAUUCAGCAGAGAGUACCUGCAUCGUCUUGGACGAAGUGGGCGGCUUGGGAGGAAGGGCGUGCCGUAAACUUUGUUAUUAACGAUGACAAACACCUGCUUUCCGACAUAAAGAAGUUCUACAAUGUCGAAAUUGAGGAUUUUCCAGGUACCAUUGCACACCUUUUGUACUUGAGUUAUGAGGUCUAAGGCUACUGCCCCUUGUUUCAGGUUAGUUCCAAUCUUAUUUCAUAAGCUAGUUUAUAUGUGUAACGAACCAUCGAUGGGGGCUAUGUUCAAACUACUGUUUCACAGUUUAUUGGGUUUUGCUAUGAUAAGGUUAAGGUGUUUUGGUGAGUCUCUGGAGUUGGAAUUCUGAGAUUCUGUGUUCUGGAUUUUAUGGCCGUCCAAUGCUAAUUGCUAUUUUAGUCUCUCCCUCAUUCAGUAUGAGACGAUCUUCGCUUGUCAUCAUGUUAUUUUUCGCUCGUCCACUUACAUACCGGUUCUAGUUACUAACACGAACAAGGACGUUUUGGGAGCCGGGGAACGGGUCUUUUCCCAUCCUUCCCUCGAUUAACCCGUUGUUCGGCUUUAGGGUUUAGGGAAAAUCAGGACAAAAUGGAGUUUAGUGUGUGACCCUACAGUGCUAUAGUUGAGUGACUUGAGUCACUAUAAAUUUUGGAGACCUAUAACUUUGGUUAGGCUUUCUGUCAAAUUUUGUACCAGUAUUUCUGGAUUUUUCCAACCAAACAAUGAUUUUUUGGUUGGAUGAUAUGCAAAUUGCUAACGGACUUUUAGGAUAAAAA